AUGUCCUCGACCGCGGCCUCGCUGCCAUUCUCGAUGGCGUCGGAACUCAAGGCGCUCAAGCACGAGAAGCGCAACCAACACCUGGCGCGUCUGCCCCCGAACGCCACCAUCCAGCGUCGGCCGCUGAACCACGCGCCCAUCGCCGACCUCCGCACCUCUUCGGGGCCUGGGGUCGGGGCUUCUAAGGCGCCGAAAGUCGUGUACGUGUCGUCGCGCACGCCCGUGGUUGCGGCGGUCAAGCGGGUCAAGAAGUACCUGGUGCACAUCGAGCGGCGCGCCCUUCACGACGCGGCCGCGGGAGGAAGAGUGGUGACGAACAAGCAUGGGCGUGGACCGGCCAAAGCCGUCGAGCGGGCGAACGAGGCGUUGGCGGUCGACAAAGAGGAAGUGCUGGUCAAGGCGAGUGGGCGGGCCAUGGCGCAGGCGUUGCGGGUCGGCGAGUGGUUUCGGAACAAGGAGAAGGACAUGCUCUGCCACGUCGAGGUUCGGGCCGGGAACGUCAGCACCGUGGACGACAUUGUCGAGGUCGAUUUGGAGGGACAUCAUCCUGAUGAGGACGAGGACGAGGACGAGGACGAGGACGAGGACAAGGGGGAGAAGGGACACGGUGAGGGAAGUGAGAAUGUCGACGAAGCACCGCACGACGACGCAGAGUCUUCAAACCUGCAAUGCGGCCAUACGACGCUGGACUUGUUGGGAGGCGCGGACGUGUCUACAAUGAGCUCGGGUGAGAAAAAGAGCCAGGAAUCGGCGGAUGAAGCACCACAGGGGACGUUGGCGGCACAGAGCACGGCUGAUAUCGAAGUGGACAACUCCCUGCCCAAGCACAGUCGACGGAAGAGAAGAAAGCGUAAAAGACCAAUGUACGACGCAGAUGAUCUUCCCGAAGCACGGAUCAGGUGGAUCAAGACUGUCGAGGUUGCGAUAUCUCUACAGACUUGA